UUUUUUUUUUUUUUUUGUGUGUGAAUUAAUGAUCAGCUAGGUAGAUUAUGUCAAAGCAAUCACAGCCGUUAAUUACUAGUACAUGUAAACAUGUAGUUUAUUCAAUUGUCGUAAGCAUAUCCGAAAAUUGUCCGAAUUGAGUUUCUUCACGCUAUUGCAAAUCAAAGUAUUACUUUAUACAUACUCUUUUCUGUUUGUUUUCUUUCUCGUCUCAAUAAUUUGAACCCUCACACUUUAUAUAUACACAACACACGUAUACAUAUACAUAUAUAUAGAUACAACAGACCGUCCACAUAAACAUAGUAUACUUUCAAAUAAUGGAAACAACAUUAUUCCCACAUAUCUUCCUCUUCUUCCUUCUUACAACCACCGCCUCGCCGGAAUAUACCCGUCCAGAUCCUCGGCCGCUCGUUCUCCGGAAACAUGACCGGCCCGAUUCAGACCCGCAACAGGUACAUAUAUCAUUGGCAGGGAAAGAUAACUACAUUAGGGUUUCAUGGAUAACUACAGACAAAAAGGUUCAACCAAUUGUUGAAUACGGAAAGUCGCCGGGAAAAUAUGACACGUCAGCCACCGGAGAAAAUACUUCCUACCGUUACUUCCUCUACAGUUCAGGCGAAAUUCACCACGUCAGAAUCGGCCCGUUGGAGCCUACCACAACUUACUACUACAGAUGCGGUGGUCACGGGCCGGAGUUCAGUUUCCGUACGCCGCCGUCGGAUUUUCCGGUGGAAUUCGCUGUCGCCGGAGACCUAGGUCAAACACAAUGGACCGAAUCAACGCUAGCCCACAUCGGUGCACGUGACUACGACGUACUUCUCCUCCCCGGGGACCUAUCCUACGCCGACACCAAUCAACCGCUAUGGGACUCAUUCGGCCGCCUAGUCGAGCCCUACGCAAGCGCUAGGCCGUGGAUGGUCACCCAGGGCAACCACGAGGUCGAAACCUUCCCACUCGUCUUUCCACACGGUUUCAUGGCCUACAACGCCAGGUGGCAAAUGCCCUACCGCGAGAGCAAGUCCACCUCAAACCUAUACUACUCGUUCGACGUGGCUGGGGCCCAUGUCAUCAUGCUCGGGUCCUACACGGGCUUUGAUGCUGACUCGGAUCAGUACAGGUGGCUGAGUGCUGACGUGGCGGGCAUCGAUAGGGCGAGGACGCCGUGGGUGUUUGUGGUUGUGCACGCGCCGUGGUACAAUUCGAAUCUCGCGCAUAGAGGCGAGGGGGAGAGCAUGAGGGUGGCCAUGGAGGAGGUGUUGUACAAGGCGCGAGUCGAUGUGGUUUUCGCGGGGCAUGUGCAUGCCUAUGAAAGAUUCACUAGGGUUUAUAAUAACAAGGCUGAUGAAUGUGGUCCUGUGCACGUGACCAUUGGUGAUGGAGGAAAUAGAGAAGGACUGGCAAUGUUGUUCGAAAACCCUAGCCCUUCGAUCUCGCUUUACAAUGAAGCAAGCUUCGGGCAUGGGCGGUUGAGGUUAUUCAAUAGCACGCACGCGCAAUGGUCUUGGCACCGCAACAACGACGAAGACUCGAUCAUGGCCGACCAAAUAUGGCUUCAAAGCUUGUCCUCCUCCAAAGCCUGCAAGGGAACUUGUACGAAAUCUCGAAAUGAUGAACUAUAAAUCUUGCUCAUAAAUGUAAUAUAUAUAUAUAUAUAUAUAUAUAUAUAUAUAUAUAUAUAUAUUGGAGUAAGGGAAAAUUUGAAUUGAUUUAAAAUAGUCAUACAUUUGGUAACACUUUUAUAUAGAAGAUAAUGCAAAAAGAAAAAUGAAAAAAAAAACAUUUUACUACUGCUUGCGUGUGUGAAUGCAAUUGCAAUUUAAAUUUGGUGUAUACAAUGGAAUAUAGUAACGUGGAUUAAUUAUUUUUAUAGCAAA